CCCGACCAGCAUCACAGACAUCACUAAACCAUAUCCCGCCAAAGAACCACUACCGGAUUCUACGUCCCAAGAGAUGGGUUCGUUGCGCUGCGACGGUGAGGCGAUGCGCAACAGCGCCAACGCGUUGCUCUCCAGCGAACUGCUCGCGCUGCCCGCGUCUCUGCUGCACACGCUGCGCAACAACGCUAACAGGCUGCACAUACAGUGCGAGGAGAACGAGGGCGGUGAAGCUCAGUUCGGCGAACACAAGAAGGACGCGCAGGCCGCCGCCGGCGCUAUGAGCGCUAGCGAACCUGAUCUCACACAACAGGGCGCGGCGCGUUUGUUGGAGUCUCUCGGUGUGGGGCGGGGCGCGGGCGCGGGGAGAGGUGCCGCCACACAGCGCAGCUCACGCUCCAACCACUCCGCGCUGUUAUUCCCAAGUUUAGUGCGUCUCGCUCUGUCGAGCAACUUCCCCGGUGGUCUGCUCUCCGCCGCUCAGAGCUAUCCGUCGUUGGCACCCAACGCUCAAAACGCACUCACUCUAUCACUCACAUCGACCUCCAGUGAAAGUGAACAGGUAUCUUUGGAAGAUUUCUUGGAAUCAUGCAGAGCCCCGGCCUUGCUGACGGAGUUGGAGGACGAUGAUGAAGGAGAUGACGCCUUGGACAGUGACAAAGAAAACGAACCGACUUAUCAGGAUGUUGUGUCUCGUAACUUGCUAUCCCUGAUGGAGGAAGAGGCUCUCGAGGCGGUCCGUGGGUCCGGCGGUGGGGGCUCCGGGGGCGGGAGCGCGGGCGCGGGUGGCGCACGCUCGCGGAAGCCCUGGGACGACGACUUUGUACUCAAGAGGCAGUUCUCGGCUCUCAUACCGGCCUUCGAUCCGAGACCCGGACGUACAAAUCUCAAUCAGACCGUCGAUCUCGAUAUUCCACUAAAUGAUGAUUCCGAUACUGAGAGUACGGAAGCGACGACCAGCACCGAGAGGAACGGCAACGUGCCAGAGAGCAAUGGCAACGUGAUAGCCACCAAGUUGCCAGCAUUACGGCUGGUGCUGUCCGCCGGCGGGCUGUCUCUACCGCUGGAGAAACCUUCGUGGACGUUGUAUAGAGCCGUGUUGGCACUUAACUCGCGACUGCCAGCUCACGAUACUCAUAGAGAUACCACGUACACACUAACAUACAAAGAGAUCGAAGGUGUGGAAACAUUCUCCAGUUCUUGCGACAGCGACGAAGACGAACCGGGCGAUCCAGAUACAAGCAGCGUGUAUUCUGAGGGCGGUUCCAGCGAGGGCAUGGUGACGUGGUGUGUGCGGGCGCUCCGUCGCCUGAGGACCGUAGCCCCGGGGCUGCCGCCCGCCUCCUUCCUCUCCACUAAGCUAACUAACAAGUUGCAUCACCAGCUGCAGGAUCCUCUCACACUAGCCGCCGCAGCCACACCCAGAUGGUGUCAACAGUUGAACGACUGGUGUCCGUUCCUGUUCCCACUGGAGACGAGGCAGAUGUUCUUCGCGUGUACCGCCUUCGGUACUUCACGUACUAUUGUAUGGCUUCAAGCUCAGAGAGAUCGCGCUUUGGAUAGGCAAAGGACUGGGAACACGGUAUCUCCUCGCCGCGCCGAGCUAGAGGCGACCGAGUUCAGGAUGGGCCGCCUUAGACACGAACGAGUUCGUAUACCGAGGCAUCCUAACCUGUUACGAUCAGCGAUGCAGGUGAUGAGAGUCCACGCGGCUCGCAAGUCAGUGUUGGAGGUGGAGUUCGCGGGUGAAGAGGGCACAGGCCUGGGACCUACGUUGGAGUUUUACGCUCUCGUGGCCGCGGAGCUCCAGAGGGCCGACCUAUCGAUGUGGCUCAGUGAUUCGCCCGCGCCGACAUUAGACGCCGAGCUCGCGCCGCUACCACUCACCUUGCCUGACGAAAAACCACCCGGCUACUACGUGACACGCGCCGGCGGUCUGUUCCCCGCGCCGCUCCCACAAGACUCGCCUAUCUGUGAUAAAGUUUGCAAAUAUUUCUGGUUCCUUGGAGUAUUUUUAGCGAAGGUGCUGCAGGACGGUCGGCUGGUUGAUCUUCCGUUGUCCGAGCCAUUCUUACGUAUAAUGUGCGGCGAGGAAUUGACGAAUGCUGAUUUGGAGGAAAUAGAUCCCAUAAGGCAUAGGUUCCUGGCUAGCGUCCUAGCAGCCGCAGAGCAGUACGAAGCUCUGAAACAAGAAUCGUCUCUAUCUGAGAGUGAAGUCCAAGAGCGCGCGGCCGCGUUGACGGUAGAUGGCGCCACUUUUGAAGAGCUCUCUUUGACUAUGACGCAUGUGGGAGGACCCGACGCGUAUCCCCUCUGCGACGGAGGGGAACAUGUAGAGGUGGGGCCAUCAAACGCGCGUUUAUACGCGGAGGCCAGCGCCAGGUAUAUGGUGAGGGACGGCGUCGCCAAUCAGACCGAGGCCUUCCGGCGAGGAUUCGCUGGGGUGUUCCCUCCGCGGAGACUGAGAGCGUUUACGCCGCCCGAGCUGAGGCUCCUGCUGUGUGGGGAGAGGGGACCCGCGUGGACCAGGGAACAUCUGUUACAAUAUACUGAACCAAAAUUAGGAUACACCAGAGACAGUCCGGGAUUCCUCCGCCUGGUGGACGUGUUGGUGGAGAUGUCUAUCAGAGAACGGAAAGCCUUCCUUCAGUUCGCUACGGGCUGCAGCAGUCUACCGCCCGGAGGUCUGGCUAACUUACAUCCUAGACUCACUGUCGUGAGAAAGGUCGACGCCGGCGACGGUUCAUAUCCGUCUGUGAACACGUGCGUGCAUUAUCUCAAACUGCCUGAAUAUUCGUGCAAGGAGGUGUUGAGGGAGCGACUGCUGGCCGCGACCAACGAGCGGGGAUUCCAUCUCAAUUAAAUAGAAACAGAUGUUUAAUAAAACUAACGCAUGGAUCAUAACAUCGCCGCUGAGCUUGCAAGUGCUAUAUUAAUCCUAUAUAAACUAUGUUCUCAUGUGUACUUCCGAACUUUAAUCGGCGAUGCAUGAAGCUCUCAUAUAAAAUUCUUCAUAUAAUGCAUGCAUAAUGAAUGCUAACCAAAUACGAUCACCUCAUACAGAGUGAUCGAUUGCUGUGUAAAUAUCUUAGUAUUUCAGAUAUAAACAACCUAUAUUUAUAUUUGAAUAAAUAACAAACUUAUAAUUAGGCUAAAGUGUUGUAGCUAUUGUAUUUUUUUGAACGAAUCUUUCGGAUGGCGCCGCGUCAACCUCGUGUCCGGUUUUUGCAAUAUAAAGAGGCUAUUAUGAUUUUUUUUUUAAUCAUGUAAUUUUUUUUUUCACAUUCAUUACUCCAUUAGAAGUUUUACUAGUUGAUAUAUAAAAUAUUAAAAAAUAUAUAUAAAUUCUAUGUAUUGCACUAAACAUUUUGUAUUAUGACAAAAAAAUUUUUUUUUUAUAUAUGUACGCUUUAGAUUAUAGAUGUAAUAUUGUUAUUAAAAUAUGUUUUAAUCAACUAACAUGUUUUAUAUAAAGUUAAUAGCAAAUAGUUUUCGUUUUCAAUUACCCACUAAUUCUAUAGAUUUACCCACACUAAUGCUAGUUAAUCAAAAUUAAUACAUUUUGCAAUACCAACGAGACGCAACGGAAUCAGGUUAUAGUGAUUUUGAUACUUACGCUGUAUGAUAUAAGGACUGAAAUGUGUUUCUUUUUAUUAUUUUGUUGGUGUGUGACACACGUGUGUGGAAUGAUUUAGCAGUAUGUUCCUUUAGUUAAAUAAUUUUGUCAACUUAAAGUUGGUAUUGUGAUUUAUGAUAUAAAAAAAAUAUAUAUAUGAAUGGAAAAAUAUUUAGUUUGAAUUUAAUAGGGUUCAAGAUUAUAAAAGGUUAGUAUAUUGUAGCGUGUAAUUCAUUUUUGUUGAGGAUUGUAUUAAUAAAGUAAGGAAAAUUAA